AGAGAGAGGAGUGGCGCUGCGUUUAACUUGCUUGCUACUUUCUGACUGUGAGCUACAUUUUUAUAGCACUUUUUUGUCUAAGAUUGUGGUCUUUUAUAUUUACAGCCUAUGUUGUUGUUUUUUUUUAUUUUUACGCAGUUCUGGUAUUAAUUUGGAUUCUGGUGUGCCUGGGGCUUGGCCUGGGGCACCUGGGGCGCCUGGGGUCCCAGCUAGCUUGAGAAAAUGGCGCCGCGCAUUUGAAGUAUUUGAAGCCGCGCGUAACGGCUUGCUAAUUUUUGAGCAUUGAGCUUCAGCGACACACGAGGUGGUCCUCCAUCAGUGCGAUUUCCUUGAUUGUUACUCCAACAGUAGCGUCAACAUGUUUAUUGCACGGAGCAUAGCAGCGGAUCACAAUGACCUCGUCCAUGACGUCGCGUACGAUUUCUACGGCAAGCGACUCGCGACGUGCUCGAGUGACCAAACCGUGAAGGUGUGGGACCGCGGAGAGGAUGGAGACUGGCACUGCUCUGCUAGCUGGAAGACCCACAGUGGUUCUGUUUGGAAAGUGACUUGGGCACAUCCGGAGUUCGGGCAAGUCCUGGCAACGUGCUCCUAUGACCGUAUGGCUACCGUGUGGGAGGAACUGGUGGCCGGCAAGGGCUUGAAUGGGGGGGAGCGUGGCCAGUCUCACUGGAUCAAGCGCACGAGCCUGGUGGACAGCCGGACGUCGGUGACGGAUGUCAAGUUUGCACCCAAGCAGCUGGGGCUGCAGCUGGCCACCUGCUCUGCGGACGGCAUGGUGCGCGUCUACGAGGCCCCCGACGUCAUGAACCUCAGCCAGUGGUCUCUGCAGAGCGACAUCAACUGCAGGAUGCCCCUCAGCUGCAUCUCCUGGAACCACUCCUUCAACCGCAACCAGCCACCUAUGCUGGCGGUGGGCAGCGACGACCCGGGCUCGUCUUCGCUGGGCAAGGUGCACGUGUACGAGUACUGCGAGGGCAGCCGGCGCUGGACCCGGGUGGAGAGUGUGGUCACGGUGGUGGAGCCCGUCCACGACCUGGCUUUCGCCCCCAGCCUGGGCCGCUCCUUCUUCCUGUUGGGCAUCGCCUCCAAAGAUGUGCGCAUCGUCUCCCUCAAGCCCCUCCAGCCAGAGUCGACCCUGUCUCAGCUGCAGGAAGGGACUGCGGCCAAGUUUGAGACCAAGCUGGUGGGCCAGUUCGAGGACCACAACUCUCAGGUGUGGAGGGUGAGCUGGAACAUACUGGGCACCAUCCUGGCGUCCUCCGGCGACGACGGCUGUGUCCGGCUCUGGAAAGCGAACUACAUGGGCAUCUGGAAGUGCAUCGCCGCACUGCAGGGCGACGGGUGCGUGAUCCAGGGAGACAAGCAUGCAGCCGACUCUUCCUCCUUUGCCGGCAACACUUCCGGCCCCACGUCCGGAUACCACCCUCUCAUUCAAGGCGGACACCACACGCGCGUCCUCUGGCACUAACCAAGGGAAUGUCAACGCACUCCCUUCACAGUGCGGCAAUGUUCUUUUUGAGGUUUGUAUUGUAAAUAAACUGGCGUUUAUUUUCUGAAAAA